AUGGCUUGUUCACUUGUCUGGCGCCUCUUGCGCCAUCGACCUUUCACACGAAUUCCUCCUGCCGACCCCUCCAACCCGCCUCAGGCGCCUGCCUCACCCCCAUCCAACGUUCUUGGCAGUCAACCUGCUCUUGCCAGCCUGAACCUGCAAAAUCAUACUGACGCCUCUGCCUCGGUUCUCUUUCCUUUCUCAAAUGAGAUCAACGACAACCUGGUCCUUCUAAACACCAUGGCAGGCCAGGGUUCACCACUGAUCGCCUUUCGCAUGGCUGUCCUUCCAGACCACACCAUCUACUCUCCAUUCUCCGACUCGGAAGGAUAUGUUGGCUUCCACGAAGUUCGACGAGGUGUUGGUCCACAUGGGCACAUUUACUAUGACUGGGUCUACGCUUUCUCGACUGCUGCCGCUGCAUCCAAGGCCCUUCUGGAUCACCCUCACAUCUCCAUCGGAGGCAUUCCAUACAACUUUUUCCCCUACGAGGCUGACCUUACUGAACCUCAUGACGACCUCGCGGAGCCCGGCCGAAGACGAAAUGCCCUGGCACUUACUCCACCUCCACCCUCAGACAUCUCCCCGCCACGGAAGCGCCUCAGGAAAUCCCCUCCACCUCCCAAAAAGAUCGUCUGCAAAAUCUGCUUCGGUGAUAUUGAUGGAGCCUAUUCCACGCCCUGUCGACGAUGCAAAGAAGCUACAUGCUACGAGUGCCUGAAGACCCAGUUCAAAACGGCUAUGCAAUAUAUCGACAGGAUGCCCGUCAUGUGCUGCGCCACCGUCAUCCAUCACGAAGUCGCACGCGGGAUCCUUCCAGAGCCCGAAGUCGAAAAGUACAAGCAAAAAUACGACGAGUUCAACACAAUUGAUCCUCUCUACUGCCCUGUGCCGACGUGCUCCGCUUUUAUUCCUCCUCGAAUGUUCAAGCCAACCGAUAAAACCGUCACAUGUCACGCUUGCGAGACUGCCAUUUGCACAGAGUGCAGGCAGAACGCCAAAGACGAACAUGUUUGCGCCACGGAUGACUCUCGACAAUUCAUUUUGCAGACCUUCGAAUACAAAACCUGCCCCAAGUGUGGAACGGGUGUCAUGAAAAUGUUUGGAUGCCCUCAUAUAAGAUGCCAGUGUGGUGCCCAUUGGUGUUGGAACUGCCAACGGCCAAUGAAUGCUUGCUACCAAAAACCAUGUCAGGCUGCCAGAGGCGACGGUGUGCACUCGGAGGGGGGAGACCAAGAGCCAGAUUCUGACGAGGAAGAAGAUGGAAACGAGGCUUCUGCAUCUGGUCCAGUGCCUCCUGAGGCAGAUAGUAGUACGCAAAUGCAGGCUCCACAAGACCAGAUCCUUGUCAACAGUACUACGAACACGCCCAACGAGACUCAAGAGACAGGACCAAACCAGGCUGCAAACGUUGAGUCGGUAGGGGUUGAGACCAUCCAGGACAACGAGAAUGAGACGCAGACACACCCCCAAGAGACGGCCGAGCUUACAAGCGAUCCAAAUGUCGUUGAGGCAUCCUCAAUCAGGCUGCCUGAGAAUCUGGAUGACCCGGAAGAAAUCGACUGGGAAGGCGUAAGUAUGGACUUUGGGGAUGAGCCGACUGACGAGGCCUGGGAUACGUGGGGAUGUCGACACCAGUUCAGUGAGUUUGGAAAGGACCGUAUCCCCGAGUUCUGGCUGGUGGAUAUGAAGCCUGCAGGAGACGGAGGCUUGGAAGUGGAAUGUAUGGGUUGUUUCAACAAAGUGAAAGUCGCGGACGGUGAGACUAAGAAGACAGGAUUCAGGGAGAAAUGGUGCCAUCAGACCCCGUCCCGUACGACAGAGCCAUCAACGAGUGAGGCAGGGGCGGCGGCUGAUCGUCGAUCGAAAAGAUCCGGCAGAAAAUCGCACACCUCAUUCGAAUGUCGCCUUUGUGGGGUUGUUUACUGCGGUGCGUGCAAGAAGGCGGCGCGAAGAAGAAUUGCAAGUGAACGUGUGACUCCGGAUGAGGAUCCCCAUUGA